AUGGCCAUAUCUCCAAGCAAGGAGAGGAUUAGAGCAAAAGCAGUUGCAUUCUGCCAGGCUUUCGUUGAUGGACUUUCACCUAACAUUAUCUUGUCCGAAUACUUUACGUCAGAACCACGAAUUACAGAACAUGGUCCUGACAACUCAGAGCUCCCAUUUCUUGGUAAAACAUUCUUAGGUCGUAAAUUUGACUCUUCCAGCAAUCAGACGUGCGACGAUUACUUCAUCAUUCUUACCAAAUCACUUGAGUUCGAGCCCUCACCGACCACAUUCCCUUCACCCAAGUCCUUCGUUGUCGAUGAGACUUGCGAGAUUAAUGGGAAGAAAGGCGUGGUCAGUGUUGUUGGGAGUGCAAAUUUCAGAAGCCUGAGAACAGGCAAAGGAUGGAAUGAGCAGUUCAUAUAUCGAUUGAGUGAAUUUGAUAGGGACGGAAAGAUCGGACAUUGGGAGAUCUGGGCCGAUGCUCUCUCCGCCUGGAACGCUGUUCAUACUUGA